AAUAAACUCUCGGUUGCAAUACAGAAUUAAAAAAAAGAGGAAAUUUGCCGAAUUGUUUUCCUCAUACUUUUUCUUCUACUCAGAUUUUAAACAAUACCGCUCUGAAAAAUUCCAACGGAACAUAAGUGAAGAAUUGUGUAAAGUGCAGGACCGACUGAAAAUUGUGAUAUAAUCUUGGAGAAAUUUGUACGAAGUUUUGUUCGCAUAAUUUGUACAAAGUUGGCCGUCAGGCAGGAAGUCGAGCCUGCCAAGAACAGAAAUAGACUCUAGGGUCAGUUGUCUACAAUGGCUACACCUCAAUCUCCCACCCGUAUGUUCAAUGGCCUGGAUGAAGAUAUAUAUAAUGAAGCCAAAUUUGCACAUGAAAUAAACGACAAGAUGCGUGUUCCCAAGCGCAUAAAAGCUACAGGAGAAUUCUCUGACGAAGAUUUAUUGCUAUCCAAUCAAAAUGGAUUAAUAAAUUCGUGGAAUUACCACGAUAAGAUUGACAUGAACGUACCAGAUCGCAUAGUGGUAUUGGGUCACAAUCAACAUCUAGAGACUCGUUCGGCACCACGUGAAAUACAACUGGAAAACUCAAUUUUACCAAAGAAUCCGACAGUAAGCAUGGUACGUGUACAAACACCACCGCGUGUUAUAACACUCAAUGAACAUCACUUCCCCUCUGCUUCUGAGGAAAGUUCGCCUCAUCGUUACGGUAAUGGUGGCGAUUUUGAAGAUGGCGACUAUGAUGAAGACGUUGAGUCACGUCCGCCACCUUAUGUGCGUGCAAACGGUGUAUCGCAUGCACAACUCGGUUUUCACCCAGCCGAUUCAAAUUCUGUGGAAUCGGACUCGCAGUUGACUACUGGCGUUCGCAAGCGUUCGCAGCAGAUAGUUUACAACAACAAUGACACAUCUAUUGUAAGUCAUCGCGAAGGCACGCCAAUAGGAGAACUUACACCCCACGAGGAGAUUCUCUAUUUGCGCCGACAAUUGGCUAAACUAAAUCGUCGCGUGCUGAACAUCGAAAUCAACAAUGAGCAGCGUCUACAGCGCGAAAAAAUCGUAUAUUGUUUGGGCUUAGCAUACUUUGUAUUGAAGGCUGUCUUUUGGCUAAAUCGUAAUUGAAGCUUAUGCAAUAUUUAAACGCAACAGAAGUAAGUGCAGCAGCGACACAUCAGUUUGCCAUGCAUUUUCGUAGUAUUUUGAAAAUCGUUACAAUUUAUUAGGGAUUGACGGAGGAUGUAAACUACGAAACAUCUUAUUGGGAGGGAACGUAGCGCAAAUGAUGCACUUAUUUAUACCUACCCUGAGUUCCAAAAUGUAAAAAAAAAAAAUAUAUAGCAUCAGUUUAUUGUAUUCAAAAAUUCUUGCAGACUAAAAUGACCAGCUUGCACAACCUAGUAACUAGCGUUGCGGCCUGGUUGUGAAUAUUAUUGGUCAGUCCCAUCUGCUGUGGUUUAGAAAUGAAAGACUUGCGCUGUAUUUUUACAUUUUGAAAUUCAGGAGUACAUAAAAACGUUGAUCAUCCUGUUUUGGUAUUGAUACCAAUGGAGAAAGUGUGCAUUUGAAUUUAAUCUAAUUGUCUUUGAACACUUUGAUUUUUAUUAGUCUAAAAAUUAUGCCGAUACUCUCAUUUUUAUAAGCAUAUAUCGAAAUAAAAGGAAAGUGACCAGUGUGACAACUAUUUGAUUGUUUCAUAGAGAAAACAAUUUGGAUAUUAAGGAUUUAGCACUUUAGUUACUUUUAACUUUUUCGAUGUAUGCUUAUGCGAUGGAGAAAGUGUGUAUUUGAAUUUAAUCUAAUUGUCUUUGAACACUUUGAUUUUUAUUAGUCUAAAAAUUAUGCCGAUACUCUCAUUUUUAUAAGCAUAUAUCGAAAUAAAAAGAAAGUGACCAGUGUGACGACUAUUUGAUUGUUUCAUAGAGAACACAAUUUGGAUAUUAAGGAUUUAACACUUUAGUUACUUUUAACUUUUUCGAUGCAUGCUUAUAUUUUAAUACAUUUGAAAGAUUUUUAACACCAAUAAUAGUAGAAUUUAAAAAACUAUUUAACGUGAUUUAUUUCUGACUUGUUUUGCUAUGUUACGCAAAUACGGGUUUUAACUGAAAUAGCAUUUCCAUUUGUAAGUCUAUUUUUAGUUCUAAAGGUUUUCAUUAUCCUUUCUAUUUUAUUGCCAUAUAAUUGUUAAAUAUGUUAAAAUGAGAGAAUAUACGAACUAUUUACAUACAUACAUAGUUAGAAAAAUACGCUAAACGUUGUCCAUAUUAAAUUAUUUAUAAAUAAAUUUUCGGAUAUUCUUUGAAACAACUUUGGCUUUGCGAUAAAAAAGGCUUGCGCCCGUAUUCAAUUUCAUACCAAAUUUAUAAUCAAUAGUUAUUUUACAAUAUCAAUAGUUACUUUAAUUUGAAACGUUCUUAGUUACGUAUGUAUCAAUUUUGAGUUUUCUAUAUACGAUUCAUUGUCUUGUGUUUUAUCUUAGAACCUUAGACUCAUAAAUCUCUCAAGAGCUAACUAAAGUGUGACAAAGAUUUAAAUAAAAUGAAAAUUUAAAGGAAGCUGCAACUCAGUUACAUUAUUUUGAUCAUAUUUCACCUGCUAAUCUAAAGAAUUCCCAUUUAAAUAACUAAGGCUCAUCAAACACCCUAUGGACGCGACAGCUUAUCGACAAGCCUUGAACGGCAUUCAUAGAGAGGCAGUCUCGAGUUAUGUAGACUAUCGACCUGUGAAUACCUUUUUGGGCACCACAACCCCCAGACGUGGACGAGACAGAACUUCGUCUCAAUAGCCCAACUGCGCUCUGGUUAAUGCAGCAGGUUGAAUUCAUACCCGAGCAGAUUAAACGAAGAUAUUCUCAAUGAAUGCUCGGCAUGCGGAGUCGCCCCAUUACUCACAGCAUCUCUCCGUAUGCCCUCUAAAUCCCAACCACGCUAACGCCCCUGUCCCUAUGGACAGACCCCGUCGAGGCUGCACGAUUCCUAGAGCUGCCGUUAGUAAAUCUCGACGAAAACGAUUGAGGGACUAACCGAUCUGGGCUCGGUUGUUGUAGCCGCUACAAAAAAAAA